CGAAUAUUAGAAAGUAGGCAAUAUAGAGAGUAGAAAAAAAAGUAGCUUAUGUGAAGAUUAGGGAAUCUCCUCUCUGUGGUCUUCCCUUCCGUCAAUUCACCUCGCUCAGCCCAACCUACCGCUGCCCAACCUUCCUCCCUACACAGACUCACUCCACACUCACACCAUCCACAGACUUGGCUAUGGCUGUCAGUGAUUGUCUGAUUUUCAUUGGAAAAACUGUUGUUGGAUUAUUGGUGGAGCCAGUUAGGCGUCAAUUCGAUUAUGUCUUCAAUCGAGUGAAAUACAUUGAAAAUCUACAAGAGCAAGUUCAAAAUUUAGAGGCUCAAAGAAUAGAUGUGCUCAACUCCAUGGAUGCAGCAAAAAGGAACAGAGAAGAAAUUCUAGCAAGUGUUGAGAAUUGGAUUGGCAAAGUUAAUGGGUUCAUUCUUGAGGCUAAAGAGUUUCUUGAAGGUGGUAACAAUGUGAACCAGAAUUGUUUCAAUGGGUGGUUUCCUGAUUUGGUCACACAACGCCGGCUAGGUAAGGCAGCAAAAAAUAAAGCAGAGGAGGCUAAAGAGCUGGGCAAAGAAGGCACAUUCAAUAACAACAUAUCCAAACCUGCCCCUCCCUUGGGGAUAGAGUCCAUACCCUCUGAACAGCUCGUGCCUUAUGCUUCUACAAAUUUGACAAUGACCAAUGUAAUGGAGGCACUAACUGACAACGAGAUCAACUUCAUUGGAAUACAUGGUAUUGGGGGCGUUGGAAAGACAACUUUGGUAAUAGAAAUCGGCAAAAAAGCAAAAUCUAAGAAGCUUUUUGAUGAAGUUGUGAUGGCUGUAGUGUCUCAGAACCAAGACAUUAAAAACAUUCAAAGUCAAAUAGCUAGCAUGUUGGGUUUCACCAGAUUAACUGAUCAACAAAGUGUAAUUCAAAGAGCAAGCAUGUUGUAUGCAAGACUUAGGGAUGUGAAGAAGAUCCUUGUUAUAUUGGACGAUGUUUGGGAAGAACUUGAUUUGGCAGUCGUGGGCAUUCCAUUUGGCAAUGAUCACCAGGGUUGCAAAAUCAUAAUUACAACACAGCGUGAGCAAGUAUGCGAUUCCAUGGGAAAGGAAACGCCGAGGACAAAGAUUGUUCAUCUUGGUGUUUUAUCUGAAAAAGAUUCAUGGGACUUGUUCAAAAAGAAUGCUGGCGAUGUCGUUGACUCUAACGCAGUGAAUGCUAUCGCUAAUGAGGUUUGUAAAGAAUGUGGAGGUCUGCCUAUAGCACUUGUUACAGUUGGAAGAGCAAUGAAACGUAAUAAAGAUAAACCUGAUUUAUGGAACGAAGCAGCUCGAGAAUUGAGAAAAUCAAUACCAACAUAUAUUGAAGGUGUUGAUGAACGAGUAUACAAAUGUCUUAGGUUGAGCUAUGAUUACCUGCAAGAUGAGGAAGCCAAGGCUUGCUUCUUGCUUUGUUCUCUAUUUCCUGAGGAUCAUAACAUCUUAAUAGAAGAUUUGGUACGAUAUGGGAUGGGGUUGAGGGUAUUCAAAAGAGUUGAUACAGUGCAUGAAGCCAGGGGCAGAGCAAAGUCAAUGAUUGAAAAUCUCAUAGCUUCAUGUCUCUUAUUAGCUAGUGAUAAACGAGAUUGCAUCAAAAUGCAUGAUGUUGUACGUGAUGUUGCCAUAGAUAUUGGAUCCGAAAAGUAUUUUGUAAGAGCUGGUUGCAAUUUGAAUUAUUGGCCAAAGAUCGAUAGUUUGGAUCAAUACACUGGCGUAUCAUUGAUGAGAAAUCAAAUUAGUAACCUUCCUGAGGUCUUGGAAUGUCCAAAGCUCCAAAUAUUACUAUUACAAGACAAUAAAAAUGCAAGGUCAUGUUCACAUGAAUUCUUUUCAAAGAUGACGGAACUUAGUGUUUUAGAUUGGAGCCAACGAGAUCGGAGCCGCUCUGACCCUCGUCUUCACAAUUCAAUUCGUAGUGCUGAUGCUUUCAAUAACCAAAUGUGUCUUCGAACGUUAGUUCUUGAAGGAAUAGAGUUUGGGGACACUAAAUUUCUUGGACAAUUAAAGACACUUGAAGUUCUUAGCCUCAGGCAUGCCUUCUUUUCUGAGGUACCAAAUGCUAUAAGGGAGUUAACUAAUCUAAUGUUGUUGGACAUGACUCAAAGCCGUCAUGAAUUUCUGAUUCCGGCCACAAUACUAUCGCCCUUAUCCCAUUUGGAGGAGUUGUACUUGUUUGGCACCGAAUAUUCAAGGGGGAUCGGAGACCCUACAGUAGAAGUAGCUGCUGCACUAAGAUCUUGGCCUCGCCUAAAAGUGCUAACCAUUUCCAUACCUGACAUUGCAUAUAUACCCAAGGACUUUGUUUUUCCUGAGCUGGAAAUUUUUAUUAUUUUUAUUGGACAAUCGAGUUAUGGGUGUAUGGUUGAAAAUUAUUCCCCAAAUUAUUUGGACGUGGUUGGAUCCAUGGUUAAUGGGAGUAAAUGGCUAAAGAUGGGGUUGAAGAGAGCUACAUAUCUGGGGAUUGAAGAUUGUUCUGAAUUCGAAUACUUGAUCAACACAGAAGAAUGGGGGAUUUCAUCACAGGCACAACCACGUGAUCUGCAAUUGCUCUUCAACCUGGAAGAAUUGGUACUCGGGGCUUUGGAUAGUUUCAAAGGGAUAUGUGAAGCAAGUGCACUUGCAACUUCCAGUUGGGUGUGCUUCCCAAAGCUUAGAACUUUGAUAGUUGGCAGUUGUCCUGAACUAUCAACUGUUCUUCUUCCAUUCAAUUUGCUUCAAAGGCUACAACAUUUGGAGAACCUUUGGGUAGGAGAUUGCAAGACAUUGGAACAAGUAUUUGAUUUUGGUUCUGAAGGAGAAGGCAUGAAGCUACUUUCUAGUUUGAGAGAUUUAAGACUAGGCCCCUUGCCUAGAUUGAAGCAUAUAUUGAACUGCUGCAGUCGUCAACAUGUGGAACUCGGCAACCUAAGAGUUAUGCAUGUCAAUGAAUGUGGUAAACUGAAAUAUGUCUUCCAACCUUCCAUAGCUCAAGCUCUUCAUCAACUUGAAGAGCUUGCGGUAUUUGGCUGUGAAGAAAUGGAGGAAAUUGUUGCUGCGAAGCAAAACGAAGGGCACGAAGAGAGAGUGGACUACAAGAUGGUGUUCAAAAGUCUCAAACAACUCUACCUUACAGGUCUUCCAAACCUAAGUGGUUUCUGCACAGGAGGAGACGACUUUCCUUUUGAAUGGCCAUCCUUGGAACAACUUAUGGUGAAAGAGUGCCCCAACAUGAAGACUUCCGCUGCCACUACUUCCGACAGCACACCAAAACUGAAGGAAGUUGAAGUUGGUAACUUCAAGAAAAUACCGCUACAGGGGAUGGACUUGAAUCAGUUUGUGCAAACCCAUAUCAUUUCAAAGCCACCUAAGGCAAGACAGACUGGUACUCUUGAAGAUGAAAUCCAUGUUGAAUCCUAAUCAGAUUGUGAACUAGAUUAUGAAUUUAUGAGGAAUAACUCUCAUGAUUAUCAACCAUAAAGAAUGUUGAGCUGCUCCCUAUAUGUGAUGUCUACCUUAGGAUUUUAUUAUGUAAGGACAUAUGCUUCCUAUGAUUUGUGUUUCUAAAUAAUUGUCUGGCUUUGCAAUAUCAAAACUACUACUCUAAAUAAAGGUAUGUUUACCUAAUGUGUGCUAAAGAUUUGAAGAGUGAAUAAAGGUCAAAAAAAAGUAUCAAGUGUGUGUAAUUUUACUUUCUUUGCAUUGUAAUGGAGCUUGUAUCCGAAAUUAUUUAUCUCAAUUAAUAGUAUUGUAUGUUUGUUUUCA